CUCCACUUCCGGUUCCGGUCUCUUGCUGUUGGCAGCGCGGACUAUGGAGGCCCAGGAAGCCACCCCAGGUAGCCAGUCCCAAGAGAGCUGUGUACUGGACCUACCAUCUGCCUGUGACGUCAGAGAUUAUGUGCUGCAGAGAUCCUGCCAGAAGCCCGACAGUGAGGCUUUCAGCUCUGUGGAAUUCCAUUCUUUUCCUUGCUCUUCUGAUGUGGAUCCAGGCAGAGUGGACAGAGAGACAGAGAGAAAGGUCUUCUUUUUCCUUUGGUUCACCCCCAGUGACCGCUGUGGCAGGUGCACCGCGCUGAUCUGAAGCCAGGAGCCAGGUGCUUCUCUUGGUCUCCCAUGUGGGUGCAGGGCCUAAGGACUUGGGCCAUCCUCCACUGCACUCCUGGGCCACAGCAGAGAGCUGGACUGGAAGAGGAGCAACCGGGACUAGCACCCAGCUGGGACUAGAACCUGGUAUGCUGGCGCUGUAGGCAGAGGAUUAGCCUAUUGAGCUGUGGCGCUGGCCUGUUUUUACAGUUUUUAAGAUUGCUGUGGUACCAUUUGUCUGUUUCUGCUUUUGUUAUCUAUGCUUUUGAUGCCACAUCCAAAUUAUCAGUGCUACAUUCACUGUCAUGAAGCUUUUCAAUGGUGUUUUCUUCUAGGAGUUUUAUAGUUUGGGAUCUUACGUUGACAUAUUUCAUCCAUUUGGAGUUAAAUUUUUUUUCUUUUUUCUUUAGUAAAUAUAAAUUUUCAAAGUACAGUUAAUGGAUUACAAUGGCUCCCCCCCAUAAUUUCCCUCCCACUCACACCCCUCCCAUCUCCCGCUUCUUCUCCCAUUCCAUUCACAUCAAGAUUCAUUUUCAAUUAUCUUUAUAUACAGAAGAUCAAUUCAGUAUGUAUUAAGGAAAGAUUUCAUCAGUUUGCACCCACACAGAAACACAAAGUGUAAAAUACUGUUUCAGUACUAGUUAUAGCAUUACUUCACAUUGGACAACACACUAAGGACAGAUCCCACAUGAGAAGUAAGUACACAGUGACUCCUGUUGUUGACUUAGCAAUUUGACACUCUUUUUUAUGGAGUCAGUAAUUCGGAUCUGCACAGGUACUUGAGCCAUCACUGCCGCUUCCUAGGCUGUGCAUUAGUCGAGAGCCAGACCAGAAGCAGAGGAGCUGGGACUUUGCAUCUUAGUUGCUACACCAAGAGCUGUGCGCUCUUAACCAUUCCUGGGCUACUCUUGCGACUCGAAACCCCUGUGAGUAGUGGGUCGUCAUUCCAGCCCUCACCCAGGAGCUGGAGUUAAUUUUUUGUAUGUGAUGUAAGAUAAUGGUUCAGCCUCAUUCUUCUGCGUAUGGGAAUCCGGUUUUCUCAGCACUGUUUGUUGAGGAGACCUUCUUUUCCCCAUUGAGUGGUCUUGAUAUCCCUGUCAAAGAUCAUGUAACCAUGUUCUGGUUUUCUGUUCCACCAGUCUAUGUAUCUGUCUUCAUGACAAUACCACACUGUUUUGAUUACUGUAGCUAUGUUUUGAAAUCAGGAAGUAUGAAUCCUCCAACUUAGUUAUUCUUUUUCAAAACUUCCUGUCUGGGAUCUCGGUGUUUUUUCAAAUGUGCCCAUAAAUACAUCUCAGUGGGCAUGCAAAUUUAUAUAUGUUAGCACAUUUGUUUAUUCAUAGAUUUUAACAAAAAUAAUCUCUAAGAAACAUGGUAUACUGCAACUUGCCUUUUAAAAGUCCACAUUCAAUCACAGCUAUUCUUUAAUGUCAGUAUCUCAGUCCUUUUGAGGUCUCUAUAAAGCAUUCUAGAGUAUGAAUAUACUAUUAACUUUUUAGCUAACCUCCUAUUAAUGGUAAUUAGCUUGUCUCUUGACAAUUAUCAAUAAACAUGUGUUUUCUUGAUAUAUAGAGAUUUUAGAUUCUUAUAUAGUCAACUGUACAAAUUAAAGUCUGUGAUUUGGCAUAAUAUUUUUAAAAAUCUGAGACUGAGUGACAAAGAGAGAGAGACACACACACACACACACACACACAGUGUUCUGACUGGUUCACUCUCCAAAUGCCCAAAAUGGCCAGAGCCAGGAGCUAGGAAUUCAAUCUAGAUCUCUCAUUUGGUGGAGAAACCCAGUUACUUGAACCAUUACUGCUGCCUCCUGAGGUCUGCAUUGGCAGGAAGCUGGAGUCAGGAGUUGGAAGCCAGGUAUUAAACCCUGACUCUCUGAUAUGGAACACAGGUAUCUUAACUGCUAGGCUAAAUGUUCCUUCCUAACUUCCUAGGCUAAAUGUUCCUUCUACUUGAGAGGUAGAGAGUGAGAGCAAUCUCCCAUUUGCUAGUUCACUCCCCAAAUACGUGCAGCUGGUGGGACUGAAGGUUGGAAGUGAAGCCAGGAGCUUUAAACUCAAUCCAGGUCUUCCCUGUGGGUGGCAGGAGUGCUACCUGGUAUAAUGUUUAGACAAUCAUAAUAUAAUAUAUAUAUAAUAUAAUAAUAAAUAUAUUAUACAAAUUGUUACCUUCUAGUGGUUUUAAGCUUUAAUUUUUUACUUAGAAUUAUUUAGGUAUAAGGUAUGAGGUGGGGUUAUAGCUUUGUCAUUUUUCCAAAUGGGAGCCAGUUGUCUUAAUGCUGGUUUUAAUGUUCCCCUACUUUUUCAACAAUUGUGUUCUACAUUUUAAAUUUUUUUCUUUUGACAGGCAGAGUGGACAGUGAGAGAGAGAGACAGAGAGAAAGGUCUUCCUUUGCCGUUGGUUCACCCUCCAAUGGCUGCUGCGGCCGAUGCGCUGCGGCUGGCGCACCGCGCUGAUCCGAAGGCAGGAGCCAGGUGCUUCUCCUGGUCUCCCGUGGGGUGCAGAGCCCAAGUACUUGGGCCAUCCUCCACUGCACUCCCUGGCCACAGCAGAGAGCAGGCCUGGAAGAGGGGCAACCGGGACAGAAUCCGGCGCCCCGACUGGGACUAGAACCCGGUGUGCCGGCGCCGCAAGGCGGAGGAUUAGCCUUCUGAGCUGCGGCGCCGGCGUAUGUUUUAAUUUUUAAAAUUUUUUUUAAAAUAGACUUGGCUUUGGCUUUUCUUGAUAUCCAAAUCUUUUUUUUUUUUUUUUUUUAAAGAUUCAUUUAUUUAUUUGGAAGGGCACAGUAACAGAGAGGCAGAGGGAGAGAGAAAGAGGUCUGCCAUCCGCUGGUUUACUCCCCAAUUGGACAAUGGCCAGAGCUGGGCCAAUCUGAAGCCAGGAGCCAGGAGCUUCUUCCUGGUCUCCCACGUGGGUGCAGGGGCCAAGUACUUGGGCCAUCUUCCACUGCUUUCCCAGGCCCUAACAGAGAGCUGGAUCAGAAGUGGAGCAGCUGAGACUUGAACUGGUGCCCAUAAGGGAUGCCGGCACUGCAGGUGGUGGCUUCACCUACUAUGCCACAGCGCCAGACCCUACAUUUUUAUUUUUGAUUUUGAGCUAGGCUGGUCUGGGUUUGGCCGUGUCUCUGUCUGUAUCCACUAGCUUUCUGACCUGGGGCAAGUUGCUCCACUUCCCUUUGCCCGGUUUCUUCAUCUGUGUCUGCUUUGCAGGUUGUCAUGAGGAUUCAUUGAGACACUUGGAGUCCACUUAGUAUAGGCUGGCUGGCACUUCCUCUGCUGCUGUUAGUACUAGUGGCAUUACUAGGGUUGGUUUCUGGACUUUCUUUGUUGAGUUCCACCCAGGAGAACCAGUGUUGCUCAGUUUUAAGCAAAAAGCGAUUCAUAUUGUGACAGAACCCAUACAGAGAGGUUAUUCUGAUGAACACUGAUCCAAAGUAUCUAUAGAGUUACUUCCUUGCAUUCACUUUGAGUGGGGUGUGUGUGUGUGUGUCUUUUGCUUACUUUGGAUAUAAUUUUAGGCUGGUUUUUCUCAUCUUGUUCCCAUAUAAUAUCUUCAUUGGGAACAUGGUAUUUGUCAACAGAUGUCUUCUCACUUGCAAAAUGCUCUGAUUUGUGUCUUAGAUGUUCCUGUGACUCUCUACAAACCAUCUUUUGAUGAAAGAUCCCAGUUAACACUAAGUAGUCCCAUACCUGUGAGAAUGUAUUGUGUAAUAACGUGUUUAUUAUGGGGUUUAGUAUAAUCAGCCCAGUGAAACCAUUUUUAACUUGUCUUUAUUGCACCCUGCUACAGAUUGAGGGUGAUAUGAAACAAUGGGAACAAAUGAUUCCUGUACUCAAGGAGUUGAUGGUCUAGUUGGGAAAAUAAAAUGUAAUGUUAAAAUCCGAGGGGACAAAAUCAGGCAAUAUAAAUUUCAUAGCUGCACAGAACACAUAAAAGUGAGCAAACUCAUGAAAGAAAAGACCAUCUCUUCAGUAAACAGCAAGUAUCUACUUGUUUCCCCGUGUCAGAAUCCUCCAUGUAAAGAUUAGCUGUUGAAGCCAUAACAUUCUGUGUGCAGCUAGAAAUAAUGACUUAAGGAAUAGAAAGUAGCAUUUCCCAAGACAGAGGAGCAAUUAUACAAAAUAAUGAUAUAGGUCUUACAGGAAACAUUUUCAUAACUUUAUUACUAGUCCUCAGAGUUUUCUCAUCAUGAACACUCUCAAAAUUACCUAUAAAGUGUAAAAGUAUUUUUAAUUGAUGCGUUGGUCACUGUUACUAUUAUUAUUGAUGUAUUAUUAAGAAGAUAUAAAGAAAUAGUCAAAAUAGGAAACAGAUAAUUGCUUAAUUAUGAUUUAAGGGUACUUCCCCUGUUGUUGCUUUGUGGUAUCUCUGGGAAAUACCCCAUGGUUCCCCCACUGUACCUCUGACUAUUAACUUGCAGCUAAUUCCCUAAAUUUGAAUUUGAGUUCAUAUGGGAAGAUGAGAUCAUUGAUCUUUGUGGUCAAACCUAUGGAAGUCUUGAUUUCUUCCUUCAAGGAAUGGGUUAAUUGAAAUGUCCUGUCUCUCAAAACUUGCACCUCCUGAAUAUAAAUUGUCUGGUGACUCCUCACAGCUAUCCCAAGACAGUACUAUAGUAAGAUAGGAAUUAACAGGAUUCAGCAACUGGGAAAACAAAUUUGAAAUUGGCUACAUAAAUGAACAUUUUCUUUGAUAUGUGGAGUUGAAUGUUGUGAGGUCAAUAGGAGCCAUUAAUAUCAGAUCAUCAUACUUUUUCCUACACAAGGAAUGCAAUGGUCUUAAAUUACUUCCAUACAGUCACACUGUUUCUAGUCAGUGCUUUAUGUUUAUUCAGUAGGUGCUCAAUCAAUGCAUGCUCUAUGUUGAAUACUGUGCUUGGGUGCCUUACAGGAAGCUUACAGAAGGAUCGAAAUUUAAUGUCUUUCCCGCUGCUCAAUCCUGGCCAUAGCCCUUGCCACUGCCUGAAGCUGUUUGGUCUGUGCAGGUAAUCUUCCUGCUUGUGAUCAGUUGCAGGUUUCACCUGUGGGGGAGGUGACAAGGUGUGCCCCCACAUGAUUGACACUGGGUAAACAUGCAGGGUAAGUUACAACAGGGGAAGUGAGGUGAAGGAUACUUGGUCUCUCCUGGUUUUAGACUAUAAUCUGCAUAUCACUUUCCAAAUAUUAACUCAGCUCUCAACAGGCAUAAGAAGUUGAAGUUGUUUGCCACUAGCCAGGAAAAUGAGAAGGAUUGUUGAAUGUCUCCCAGCAUAUUAAGUACUGGGAAGAAAAACAGACAUAGGACUUUGGGUUCUAUUUUUGCUCAAAGUAGAGACAGGAAGCUUUAUUCAUUUAACAAUGUAUAAAGUGAUUUAAAAAAUUUAGAACUACCCUUCUUGGUGAAAGAAAGAAAAAAGGAAAGGAGGAGGCAAGAAAGGAGGGAGAGAGGAAAGAAGGGAGGGGAGAGAUGAGGGUGUUAGUCUGUUGUGAGGAUUAAGGAUAAUGUAUGUGGGGCCAGCUCUGUGGCACAGUGGGUUAAGCCACUGCUUGCAACACAGGCAUCCCAUCUCAGAGCUCCCUGCUAAUGUGCCUGGGAAAGCAGCAGAAGAUGGCUCAAGUACUUGGGCACCAGGUGGGUAGGGGUGUGGGGUGGCAG